AUGGAUACGUUCUUGAAAAGGAAAAAUGCCAACUCUGAGCUAGGCCCUGCAAAUAAUUCAAACGAAGAGCCUGGUGUGAGUGGUGAACAAAAAAAAACAAAAAUGGUGAGCUCAAGGCAAUACAACGAAAGUUAUCUUUCAUUUGGAUUUACUUUCACCGGGGAUCCGACUGCACCUACACCGUUAUGUUUGGUGUGUGGGGAAAAGCUAUCCAACCAUGCCAUGGUCCCAAGCAAGCUUAAACGCCAUCUCCAAACAAAACACCAGUCACUUCAAAACAAGAACACAGAAUAUUUUGUUCGCCUGCGUAAACACAAUGAGAAGCAGGGAAUUUUAAUGAAAAAAAAUGCAAAGGUGUCUGAGAGAGCUCUCAAAGCUAGCUACUUAGUAGCUGAACUCGUAGCCAAAUCAAAAAAGCCACACACUAUAGCAGAGACAUUAAUACUACCUGCCUGCAAAGCCAUUGUGGCUGAGAUGCUUAGCCCUGACGUGGUUAAAGAAGUAGCCAAAGUCCCACUCUCAGAUAACACAAUUGCUCAACGUAUUGAUGACAUGUCUGCUGACAUUGAAAGUGUUGUUUUGGAAAAGAUACACAUCAGUGGGAAAUUUGCACUGCAACUUGAUGAGUCUACGGACAUUAGUGGACAUGCUCAACUCUUGGCCAAUGUGCGCUUUUUGGAUGGAGACGCCAUCAGAGAAAACUUCCUAUUUUGCAAGGCAUUACCAGAAAAAACAACAGGAGAGGAAAUUUUUCGGGUCACAUCAGAUUAUCUUGAACAAGGUGGACUUAAGUGGGAAAACUGCACGAGUGUCUGCACUGAUGGGGCUGCAGCUAUGGUCGGGCGCACAAAAGGCUUUGUUAGCAGAGUGAAAGAGAAACAACCAGAUGUUAUUGUUACACACUGUUUUUUGCACCACGAGGCGCUUGUUGCCAAGACUUUACCAGCAGACCUAGCUUCUGUGUUGGAUGAUGUUGUGUGCAUGGUAAACUUUGUAAAGUCAAGGCCUCUGAAAAGCCGCAUAUUUGCAUCAUUGUGUGAAGAAAUGGGUGCAGAGCAUAAAGCCUUAUUGCUCCAUACGGAGGUCCGAUGGUUGUCGCGCGGCAAAGUGCUGGCCCGUGUUUAUGAGCUACGGGAGGAACUAAAAGUGUUUUUGACUAAUGAGAGAUGCGAUGACGCAAAGCAGCUUGCAAGUGAUGAGUGGUGUGCAAGGCUGGCAUACUUGGCAGAUAUGUUUCCGCAUCUGAAUGAACUGAACACACGAAUGCAAGGCCGAAAUGAAAACCUGCUCACAAGCACAGAUAAAAUUAACGGAUUCCGUUCAAAGCUGAACCUCUGGCGACAACAUUGA